AAGAAAACAUAAGGCUAUUAUGAAUACAAACAGCGUUUCAUACAUAAAAAAUUACACCUUCUUACAAAGAGUUGCAAAUUAUAAGUAUAGAUUGAUGAAUAAUCAGAGAUUUAUAAAAUUGAUUACUCGUCAAAUAAUGAUUGACCGACGAAUACCGAUAAAAACAAUAUUAAUGAUUAUCAUUUUAGGACAACAUUUAUGGCCGCAAAAAUACAAAUUGUGCGCAGGAAAGCUGCAAUCACCAAUAGCUAUAUCCACAUCCAAAGCAAUUCCUUUACCACUUCCAGCACUUGAAAUGAUCGGUUAUCAUGACUUUCUUCCAAUGCCACAAAUAUUUGCAAACAAUGGACAAACUAUUAAGCUUGCUAUGAAUAAGAACGUAACAUAUGGGAGAUUACCAUAUAUAUUCGGUGCUAUAUUUAAGCAAAAUCAGCAAUAUGAAAUGGAGCAACUGCACUUUCAUUGGGGCACAAAAAAUAAUAGGGGAGCUGAACAUCUGUUAAAUGGUAUAAGAUAUCCAAUGGAAAUGCAUAUUGUGCAUCGUAAUAUGGCAUACUCGAAUUUUUCACAUGCAUUGCAGCAUGAAGAUGGUGUGGUCGUAAUAGCUGUUUUCUUUCAGUUGCAAGAUGAACAGAACGAACUUCUUCAAUCUCUUGUAAGCAAGCUACCAGACGUGCAAUGGGCACACUUAGAACUAUCAGUUAACAUAUCUAUAACUCUAGCAUCCCUGAUACCAUUGAAUACUGAUAUCUAUUAUAUAUAUAAAGGAUCUCUCACCACUCCGCCUUGCAGUGAAGCAGUCACCUGGAUAAUCUUUGCCACUCCAGUCCCAAUAUCUUUUCGUCAAAUGAACACAUUCCGAAUACUUUCGAAUGGGGAAGAAAUAUUAGGCGAUAAUUUUAGACGCUUGCAAGAUAUUGGUCAGCGUAAGAUAUAUAUUAGAAGAUUGGUGCAAUCUUUCCCACGGGUGCCGUCGGGGCUCUCGAUUAAACAGGAUGAUUCGCGAUGGAAUUUCUCGAACUUAAGUUGGUUUUGGUCAUAAUACAGUCGUGAUAAAAAUAAUAAUUUUCUUUUAUCUAAAUAUAUUAUUUAUACUAAAUUUACAACAAUAAGAACUGUAAAGUUUAUUGUAACAAAAAAUUUUUUAUAUAGAAAAAUUUUCUUGUCUCUUAUUCAAUUCUCUUAUUCAUUCAUUUUUUUUUAUUAUUCAUCAGAUUUUACAACAUAAAAAAUAUUUCUUAAC